GCCAAACAGCCACUAUGUGGAGGAGUGAGUAGGAUUCCACAAGGCUUACACCUUCCUUCCUCCGGAAUUGCACAUAGUCGAACCUAGCUAGGGUUUUGUACAGACAGUGUUCGUUCGCGAAGAUGGGGUGGCCGCGUUGCUUUCUUGACAUUAGCAUCGGAGGAGAUCUGGAAGGGAGGAUAGUGGUGGAACUCUACAACGACGUAGUUCCCAGAACUGCCGAGAAUUUCAGGGCUCUCUGCACCGGCGAGAAGGGCGUUGGCCCUAAUACCGGCGUCCCUCUCCAUUACAAGGGAGUCUGUUUCCAUCGUGUCAUUAAGAACUUCAUGGCACAAGGUGGUGACAUUUCUGCAGGGGAUGGGACUGGAGGAGAGUCCAUUUAUGGACUGAAAUUUGAAGAUGAAAAUUUUGAAUUGAAACAUGAAAGGAAGGGAAUGUUAUCGAUGGCCAAUGCCGGACCUAACACAAAUGGGUCUCAGUUUUUUAUCACCACCACUCGCACUCCUCAUCUUGAUGGAAAGCAUGUUGUAUUUGGUAAGGUCAUUAAAGGGAUGGGGGUAGUUCGAUCAAUGGAGAAUGUUCAGACGGGUGAGAGUGAUUGCCCCAUUGAUGAUGUUAUAAUUUCGGACUGUGGAGAAAUACCAGAGGGCGAAGAUGAUGGAAUUUCAAAUUUUUUCAAAGAUGGUGAUAUGUAUGCUGAUUGGCCAGCUGAUCUCGACAACAACCCUGAGGAGCUCUCUUGGUGGGAGAGUGCUGUUGAGUCAAUCAAGGCAUUCGGUAACGAUCAUUUCAAGAAACAAGACUACAGUAUGGCUCUUAAGAAGUAUCGGAAGGCUUUGCGGUAUUUGGAUGUCUGCUGGGAAAAGGAAGGGAUUGAUGAAGAUCGGAGUUCGUAUAUGAGAAAGAUCAAGUCACAGAUUUUUGCAAAUAGUUCUGCUUGCAAGCUCAAACUAGGAGAUACACAGGGAGCACUCUUAGAUGCUGACUUUGCAAUGCGUGAUGGAGAGAACAAUGCAAAAGCUUUGUUUCGCCAGGGCCAGGCAUACCUCGCUCUCAAAGAUAUAGAUGCUGCGGUUGAAAGCUUCAAGAAAGCACUAGAGUUGGAGCCAAAUGACAGGGGGAUUAAAAAGGAGCUUGCUGCAGCAAAGAAGAAGAUUGCCGAUAGACGCGAGCAGGAGAAAAAAGCAUAUGCCAAGUUGUUUCAAUAACAAUUGAGCUUGGUUCUACUAAUCAUGGAGGGAAUGAGCUUCACUUCAAUCCAACAAUUGCAGCUACACCAUUGGAAUUAAAGAGAAGAAGAUCCAGACCAAUAUAUUGUCUCCCUGACUAAACAAUGACAGCCAUUUUUCACCUGAUUAUUCCCCCUCUAGUAUAAGUAAUGUCUCCCCAAUGUUUAUAAGGUCAUGGCUGAAUUGCUUGUUGAACAUUUGGGGCACAACCUUCUUGGAGGAAUAUUUCCCAAUUUCAUGCCAGAAUCCUUUUAUUUUACUUUGCUUCUUUUUUGUCGUAUAAAGCCCCCCCCCCUCUCACCAUCAAAGUAAUCGUAUUGAACUAUUAGUUAACUAUGAAGUUGGGUGUAUAAACAUGUGACUAGAGGAAGAGAUAGACCUAAGAAAAUUUGGUAAGAGGG